AUGGCAGAAGAAUUAGAUAUUGGAAAAUUUAUGCAGGCCAUAUCCCUUGGUGAGAUCAAGAAAUUGAAAAAGAGUGAGUUGAAGGCAGUCGCCAGUCACGUGGGCUUGAAGAUAGAGUCAAAGCUGAGAAAGGAUGAAAUAGUUGACAUUUUAUCUGACCAUUUUGGACUCGAGUCAGUAGAUCGCAAAGGCAACGGCAAUAUUGAUGUUGAGUUAGCGAAACUAGAAUUAGAGAAAGAGAGACUAAAAGUUGAAGCCAAGCAAUUAGACAUAAAGAAGUUGGAAAUGGAAUCUAGUCUGAAGUAUACUCGGUUUGAUUUGGCUAAAGAAUCAAGACUGGUGCCAAAAUUUUGCGAGGAUGAAAUUGAUGCUUUCUUUUUGGCUUUUGAGAAGUUAGCUAGGAGGUUAGAUUGGCCUAAGCAAUUUUGGACGCUGCUUAUUCAGACUGCUCUUGUUGGUAAGGCCCAAGAGGUAUUUUCGUCUUUGUCUGAAAAAGAAUCGGAAAAUUAUGAGUCAGUGAAGGCAGUUAUUUUAUCUGCAUAUGAAUUAGUACCUGAGGCUUAUAGGCGGCAGUUUCGGGAGGCUAGGAAAAAGUCAGAUCAAACAUACGUUGAGCUUGUAAGAGAAAAGACGAUGUAUUUUGAUCGCUGGGUUGGUGCUUUGAUAAUCAAAUCUGAUUAUGAGUCUCUUAGGGAAGCAAUGAUCUUAGAGGAUUUCAAGGGUUCUUUGCCUACUCAGACUAGACUACAUGUUGAGGAGCAAGGGAUUACCCAGCUGCAUAGGGCUGCUGUAGUAUCUGAUGAGUAUGAACUGUUGCACAAGAAUAAAGUGGGCCCUAAAUUUGAGAGUGUCAAGGAAGGGUCGCUACCCAGGUCAAAUGUUAGGUCGGAUAUGAACUCUCAGUCCCAGCAUGAAAGCAAAGCAGGUGAUCCGCAGGGUGCGCGGGGUAAAUCUAAAUUGCAAUGCACGUAUUGUUCAAAGAAAGGACAUACAGAAUCAAAAUGUUGGAGGUUAGCAUAUGAUAAACAUGACAAGAAGGAAGUGAUGUUCAUCAAACCGAGUACAACAGAGCAGGUUGGUAGAGAAGUAGACCGAGGAGAUAAAUGUCGUUUGACUAAGUCUGUUGAUGAUUCAGUAGAAGGGGCGACUGAUGGUUUUCGCAGUUUUCUGUCUCAUGGUACUGUGUCUCACUCUGAUGGCGAAUCUAGGCCAGUUGUUAUCCUUCGGGAUACUGGGUCGUUGCAAAGCCUGUUAGUUGCAGAUGUCGCACAUUUGCCUGAGGAUAGUUGGACAGGGCUAUAUGCGCUUGUAAGGGGCAUUGGGGAAGGCUAUAUCUCGGUGCCACUGUACAAGGUAUUCCUAGAGAGUGAUAUUGUGUCUGGGUUGGUUUCAAUUGGUGUAGUUUCUAGUCUGCCAAUGGAGGGCGUGCAUAUGUUGAUGGGCAAUGACUUAGCCGGUGAGAGAGUUAGAGGUUCGCCUAUAGUGUCUGAUGAUCCUGUUUCUGGAGCCGAGACUGAGCAAUUGCAGGAUGACUUCCCUGGCAUAUUUCCUGCAUGUGCAGUAACAAGGUCGCAACUUCGUAGGUCUAAGAGAGAUGAUGCUGAGUCGGUGGAGUUCAGUGAUAAUUCGGAGGUCUUGUUGGCGGAAACGUUCUUUCAGGAUUUGGAGAGGAGGGCGGACGAGACAGAGUCUAAUGGUGAGAGGUAUUGUCGGUCAUCUCUGAUCAAGGCUCAAAACGGUGACCCUUCACUUCAGCGGUUGUUUGCAGUGGCAAUUUCUGAGGAGGAAGCUCAAGAUAGCCCACAGUGUUUCUACAUAAAAUCCGAGGUCCUGAUGAGGAAGUGGAGGCCUCCGUCAAGACCAGCCACAGAGGAAUGGUCGAUACUUCACCAGAUUGUUUUGCCUCAGUCUUAUCGGCAGGAGGUUCUGAGGAUGGCACAUGAAAUUCCGGUAGGCGGUCAUCUAGGCACCAGGAAGACCCGGUCUAAAGUUACCAAGCAUUUCUUUUGGCCCGGCUUACAUAAAGAUGUGUCAGAAUUUUGCAGGUCUUGCCACACUUGUCAGAUGGUGGGGAAGCCCCAACCUUCUUUGAAGCCCGCACCUUUGAUCCCAAUUCCGGCGUUAGGUGAACCUUUCAGUAGAGUGUUGGUAGACUGUGUCAGCCCAUUGCCUCGAACCAAGUCAGGGUGUAAAUAUCUUUUGACAAUCAUGGAUGUGUCCUCCAGGUUCCCUGAAGCAGUACCUUUAAGGACGAUUACAGCGAGGACGGUUUUAGAUGCAUUGUUGCACUUUUUUACGAGAUAUGGCCUUCCGAAGGAGAUACAGUCGGAUCAAGGAUCCAAUUUUAUGUCUGGUGUUUUCAAGCAGGUCAUGUCUGAAUUGGGUGUUCACCACCUCAGAUCCACAGCUUAUCACCCACAAUCACAAGGUGCAAUCGAGAGGUUUCAUCAGACUUUGAAGACGAUGAUCAAAGCAUACUGUGCAGAUUUUCCAGAUGAUUGGGAUAAGGGUAUUCCUUUCUUGUUAUUUGCUAUCAGAGAUGCUCCGAACGAGUCUACCACCUACACGCCUUUUGAGCUUGUGUUUGGACACGAGGUUCGGGGCCCCCUUAAGUUGGUCAAGGAGAAGCUCUUAGAGGAAGCAGGACCUGAAGAGUGCAAUAUCUUGGAGUAUGUAUCUAACUUCAGGGGUAGACUUUCAAAGGCAUGUGACCUGGCAAGGGAACACUUAAGGAUUUCACAGAAAGACAUGAAGGUCAGAGCUGAUCGGAAAGCCAAGGUUCGAAGUUUUUCGCCGGGUGACAAGGUGUUGGUACUCUUACCUAUUCCGGGGGAACCUCUGAAAGCAAGGUUCAGUGGCCCUUAUGUUGUCAUUAAGCAGUUGAACAGUGUAAACUAUGUGGUGAGCACACCAGAUAGGCGAAAAUGUCGGAGAGUAUGCCACAUCAACAUGCUUAAGAGAUACUACGAGCGUGAGUCAAGUGCACCAGUGGUGGUGGCUACCAUGUCUGAUGUAGCUGUUACGGCGCUUGAGGAGGAUACAGAGGGGUCGAAGCCCUGUGGUAAAGGUGCGUGUGGGCAUAGUGACCUCAAGGAAGCCAUACCUCCUAAACUUUCUAAUUCUGAGACAGUUAGGGACUUGGAUGAAGUCUUGGAUUAUCUCCCUGAGGGUCGUAGACGUGAUAUUAUUGAUUUGAUCGGUGACUUUCCUAGUCUUAGCUCUGACGUCCCAGGGAGGACAUCAUUGGCUGUGCAUGAUGUGGAUGUAGGGGACGUUGACCCUAUCAAACAGCAUCCAUAUCGCUUAAAUCCCACUAAAAGAGACCAAGUUCGGGCGGAAGUUCAAAUGAUGCUCAAUAAUGAUAUCAUAGAACCUAGUAAAAGUUCCUGGAGCUCGCCUAUUGUCCUUGUACCUAAACCUGACGGUAGUCAGAGAUUCUGUAUCGACUAUCGCAAAGUCAAUAAUGUAACAAAGACUGACUGCUACCCACUUCCCAGACUGGAGGAUUGCAUUGACAGAGUAGGAAACGCGAAGUGUGUCAGUAAGAUAGAUCUAUUAAAGGGUUAUUGGCAGGUGCCAUUGACAGACAGAGCGAAGGAAAUUUCUGCAUUUGCCACCCCGGAUGGGUUCUAUCAAUGUAAGGUAAUGCCCUUUGGUCUUAAAAAUGCCCCUGCCACAUUUCAGAGAUUGAUGAAUGAAGUCACAAGAGGUAUUGAGAACUGCGUAGUGUAUAUCGAUGAUAUUAUCAUCUUCAGCGACACUUGGGAGUCUCAUCUAUCACAGUUGCGCAAUCUCUUUGAGAGACUGGUCAAAGCUAACCUGGUACUAAAUAUCCAAAAGAGUGAAUUCAUGAAGGCCAGGGUAACGUAUUUGGGACACAUUGUAGGUCAUGGUGUUGUUGCGCCUAGAGAUGCUAAAGUUGAAGCUAUUUUAGCUUUCCCACGUCCGACUGGCAGACGCGAGAUUCUGCGCUUUCUAGGCAUGUGUGGCUUCUAUCGAAGGUUUGUGCCUAAUUUCAGCUCCAUAGCAGUGCCUCUGACAGACCUGUUGAAGAAAGGGGUUAGGUUUGUUUGGUCUGAGCGCUGCCAGCAAGCAUUUGACUGCUUAAAGGCCAUCCUUACUCGGGAUCCUGUGCUUGCAGCACCGGAUUUUAGCAAGCCUUUCAAGUUGGCCAUUGACGCGAGCGACAUAGGAGUAGGAGCGGUACUGUUUCAGGCCGAUGACAAUAAGGUAGACAAGCCUGUCGGUUAUUUCUCACGCAAGCUUAAUGGGUACCAAAGAAAAUACUCGACGGUUGAGAAGGAAACUUUGGGUUUGGUGCUUGCUGUUCAACACUUUGAGGUUUAUGUCACUAGCGGUGUUGGGGAUGUACAAGUAUACACUGACCACAACCCGCUUUCUUUUUUGGACAAAUUCAGGGAUAAGAACCAGCGAUUGUUUCGUUGGAGUCUCCUCUUGCAGCCUUACCCUUUGAAAAUAGAGCAUAUUUCGGGUAAAAAUAACAUAAUCGCGGAUGCUUUGUCUCGAGUCUAA